CUAGGAUGCUCGAUACACGAAUGGGUUUAUUACUAUCUGCUUCAUACACGGGCCUUUGAGCAGAUACAUAUCGGUAAAAAGGUGUUUUUCACGGCAAGACUAACGGGAUAGCGCGACCUUGCGCUGAAUGUCAUUACAAAGGGAUUUUAAUCUCGCGACGACUGUGAGGAUCUGAGUCCCAGCCAUGGAGAUCAUCCAGCACAUCAUCAACGACACCGUCCACUUCUACAAAUGGAGUCUCACCAUUGCAGACAAGCGUGUGGAGAAAUGGCCCCUGAUGGACUCUCCUCUGCCCACUCUGGCCAUCAGCUCUUCAUACCUGCUCUUCCUCUGGCUGGGGCCCAAAUACAUGCAGGGCCGCGAACCCUUCCAACUGAGGAAAACCCUCAUCAUCUACAACUUCAGCAUGGUCAUCCUCAACUUCUUCAUUUUCAAAGAGCUGUUCCUUGCGGCACGAGCAGCGAACUACAGCUACAUCUGCCAGCCGGUGGAUUAUUCAGACGAUCCCAAUGAAGUGAGGGUGGCAGCAGCUCUGUGGUGGUAUUUCAUCUCUAAAGGCGUUGAGUAUCUGGACACGGUGUUUUUCAUUUUACGCAAGAAGUUUAACCAGAUCAGCUUCCUGCACGUCUAUCACCACUGCACUAUGUUCACCCUCUGGUGGAUCGGCAUCAAAUGGGUUGCCGGCGGCCAGUCAUUCUUCGGGGCUCACAUGAACGCAGCCAUCCAUGUGCUGAUGUACUUAUAUUAUGGGCUGGCAGCGUUUGGUCCAAAAAUACAGAAGUUUCUGUGGUGGAAGAAGUAUCUGACCAUCAUCCAAAUGGUCCAGUUUCACGUCACCAUCGGCCACACGGCUCUGUCUCUGUACUCGGACUGUCCGUUCCCCAAGUGGAUGCACUGGUGUCUGAUCGGAUACGCUCUCACCUUCAUCAUCCUGUUCGGGAACUUCUACUACCAGACGUACCGCCGUCAGCCGCGCCGUGACAAACCCAGAGCACUUCAUAACGGAGCCUCCAACGGAGCCUUGACCUCCAGCAAUGGAAACACGGCCAAGCUGGAGGAGAAGCCGGCGGAGAGCGGCCGCAGGAGGAGAAAGGGCAGAGCGAAGCGCGAUUAAAAGCAUUAAUAACAUCAUCCAAAUAAGCGAGAGCAUCGUGAACAAACACAACACGGGCCAGGCGGACACAUACAUGAGUUCAUGUGUAUUGAGACUGAACAAAACACUCUGCAAAUAUACUUUUUCUUCAUUUUGGGACAUUAUUCCCAUUGAGCGGACACCUUGAUGUCAAAAAGACAUUGUCGUCAAAAACACAUCCAAAAUGCAUCAAUUUGAUGUCAAAACCUUGACGUCUAUUUGACAUCCACGCAUUGAUGUAAAAAUAAUGACACAAAUAUUAUAAGGAAAAUAAGCUUCAAACUAAAAAACUUCAAAUUUACACAAAAACACAGGCCAGGCGGACACAAACAUGAGUUAAAGUGGAGAGAGACUGAACAAAAUCAAUCUGCAGAUACCCUUUUUCUUCAUUUUAGGACAUUAUUCCCAUUCACCUUAAUGUCAAAACGACAUAAAAUUAAAAAUCGACAUUAAAAAAUGCAUCAAUUUGACUUCAAAACCUUGACGUCUAUUUAACAUCCACACAUUAAUGCCCUUUUGACCACCAAAAUGACGACACAAACGCAUUAUAA